UGCUGGCAUGCAAAAAGAUAAAGAAGUGGGAGGUGGCUGUGCGUCUCUGCCUGUCUAUUUAAGGGCGAAAACCUUAUGAGAUACUUUAUGAUACUGAAUAUUGCCUUUGUAAAAAGUCAGAGUGUGUGGCUUUGGUUUAGAUUGCCCAACUUUUGCAUGCCUUUCUCUGUGUGUCUAUGUGCAUGCAUGCCAGUAUGAGUGGAUGUGUGUGCGUGCGCCUGCCAAGUUUUCAUAGUGGGCGAAUGUGUCAUGUUUUUUUACUGCACUUUGCCCGAGAUUAACUGUUCACCUUUUACGGUUGGGAGGGAGGUGGUAUUGUCAUUCAGCCAGAGAAGGAGGAGGGGUCGACGGCCCAGAGAGUUGGGGAGGGAGGUACAGAAGGAAAAGGAGUGGCCUUCUGCUGAUAGUCGCCCUCUCUACCGGAGUAAAGUCUUCUCUCAGUGGCAGCUUACAGGAGGGAAAACAAACCAGAAGUUUUGAGAUACAGAACAGGGAAGGAGAAAGAAGAAAAGGCAGAGCUGUCUUCAAACCACUGUUUUUCCCAGGCUAUAUGUGGGUUUUAUACAGCCAUGGCAUCAGCAGCUCCACAAAAAAGGAUGGUGUCUUCUUUCUUCAUCACUCUGGCGUCUCCUCACCGAGCCACUGUGACACAGCAGCAGCCCGCCCUCCAGGCCCACAGUGCCCCGGCUAGAGACAAGCAGCACACCGCUGUACGAGUCAGCCCAAGUGACAACAUCCCGUCCCUAAGACAUAAGAAAGAGGAACACUCACAGUCUGAGUCUCAUGGCGGUGUAGACAGCAAAGGCCGGACUCACGCGAGGGCUUCUGUUCAAGCUUCAGACCCUCAGAGUCCAAAACCUGCCCAGCCUGGACUCAGCAGAGGAAAGCUACAAGAAGACGACAAAGAGCUCUUCCCUCUUCCUCCCCCUCCUUCUCCUCCUCCGCCUGCUGCACUGCCUUCAUCUCCGGGAACACCACUCUCUGAAGAAGCAGCACUUCCACCACCUCCUCCUGUCCAGACGCCUCCCUCCCACCCGUUGACCCCAGGCCACGAGCCAGUUUACAACAGAGAGGUGGAAACAAGCACACCAUCUAGUGGGUUAAAACAAGAUAAACAAUCCCAUGGGAUCCAUAAAAAUGGCCAAGACACAAGCUUGGAGAGUAAAGAGGUGUGUGGCUUCUGUCGGAAACCUGUGGCUCUUUCUGAACCUGCGAUAGAGGCCUUAAACAGGACGUACCAUGACGGUUGCUUCCAGUGUCGAUCUUGUCACAUUCCCCUGGCUGGUAAACAGUAUUACAACAAGGCCGGGAUCCCACUCUGUGAAGACUGCUACCAGGCCAGUCUGGAACUUUGCUGGGCGUGUGGCGAGGCUAUCACAGAUCAUGUGAUCCGUGCACUAGAGCGAGCAUACCAUCUUUCCUGUUUCACCUGUACAACAUGUAAACAACAAAUUGGAGAGCAAGCCUUUGCUCAGGGUGAAGUCGGAGAAGUGUAUUGCCUCCAGGACUAUUACAGGAAGUAUGCUCCAAUGUGUAACGCCUGCAAACAGCUAAUCAUUCCAAAAGAAGACGGUACUGACAGCUAUAAUGUUGAAUGCCUUGGACGUUCCUACCAUGAGAACUGCUACAGAUGUGAGGUGUGUGUCAUCCAGCUCUCUCCUGAACCAAACGAACACGGCUGCUAUCCUUUGGAUGGGAGGAUGCUUUGCAAAUCUUGCCACCUGAGCCUGGCUUCCGGCCAGCUCUAACACUGGCCUUGUAACCUCGGAUGAACUGUAACUGAUUGUGCCACGAGUCCAGCUCAGAGAGAUGGGAGAGACUUUGCAUGUGCAUUUAAGACUCUUGAAUACAAACGUCACACAUCUAUUUUCCAAUAAUGAAAUAUGGCUACAUAUAUAUAUAUUUUUACAAUAUAUCAUGCUUUCUGAAGAUUGUCAUAUUCUUCUUCUUUUAUACUUGAUCAUUUUGCACUCCAUAAACUCUACAAAAUGCACCAAAUAUAUUUAUGCACCAGACUUAAAACAACACAUGACCAACAUUUCUGUAAAUCUCAAUCAGUAUACUGUUUCUCAGUCACAUUGAUUCUUUAUAUAGAAAUAAAACUAUAUAAAAAAAAACAUUUAUAUAAAAGUAAACUAAUAUAUUUUAUCUUGAGGCAUUUAUUAAGUCAAUCAAGUACUUGACAUUCAUUCAGCUCAGCAAAUCGCAAAGACAAAUUUGCUCUUCUCCUGCAGCUGGUGUAACACAACAUUAGUGGCAAAAAGCUUCAAUAUUAAAUACAGAUCUAAGAGCUUUAAUACAAUUAUAUCACAUCCUAAAGAACUCAUUAUGGACCAAAACCUGAAGAUGCUUUCAAAAGAUCUUCAGUGGACCACAGGGCCUCUUUUGCCUCAACAAUAGAACUAUUCACAUUGAUUUGACAUUACGAUAUUAGAGACACAUCCAGAUCCCAGCUGAAUUAUUUUAUUAUUUAUGUCCUGUAUCUCAAAAUGACAUGUUUGUGGAAUUAUAUUUCUCUAUAUCAAAAACAUUUAUUAAAACAUUUUAUGGAAAAUGUCA